AUGGCAGAUGCUAUCAAGUCACCAUCCAGCCCUCAAUAUUGUCAUGAGGUACCAUGGAAUCCCCUGAGCUACAGAUGGCCCAGUGUAAUCUUUAACCAGCAUUUCGGCUUACCUCCGUUAUUGGACCCCCGAGACCUCAGCUGGAUCGAAGGCAUCUUCAGGAGGCUGGGGACGUCGUCUUGGCCCGGGUACUUGCGCACACCCGUGUUCGCUCCCUUUACUCAGGCCUCAGGACAGCACAUCUCUAAGCUGCACAGGGAGAUGAGUGGAGGGGUGUCAGAAGUGGCUGGUGAGAUUUGCAAGUGGAAAAUUAGCUUGGAUGUCAAUCACUUCGCUCCCUCUGAGAUCACGGUCAAAAUACAGGAUGGAUUUUUGGAAAUUGCAGGAAAGCAUGAAGAAAGGCAAGAUGAGCACGGCUACAUUGCUAGAUGUUUUACAAGAAAAUACAAACUUCCAGAAGGUGUUGAUGCUGAAAAUCUCCAGUCGCUUCUGUCCACCGAUGGGAUCCUUACAGUGGAAGCACCAUUACCCAGCAUUCCCCUCCCUGCUGAUGUCAUUAUCCCCAUCCAGGUGGAGAUGGAGGCACAAACCGUAGGAGAAAAACAACAAGAUGCCGACGAGCCUCAAGACGCCACUGAAGCCGAGGCUAAACCGGAAUCAUCUGAGGGAGAAAUUCCCGAACCCUCUGUCUCAACUGAGCAUCCUGAGGGCGAACGAGACCAGCAGACUGUGUCUGAUGUAGAUCCAUCUAGUGAACCACAACCCCAGUCCACCACAGAAGCUGCAACAGGUGCCUUUGAGUCUGGAAGUGAGCAGGUUGGUGAACCCAGCGAUGGCAUAGAGAAGGACAAAGAAGUUGUUUUUCAAGAGGCGGUUGAGGGCAUCGAGCAAGACACAGAGGAAGUCCAUGAGUCUGCAGACAAGCCUCAGGCUCCAGAGACUCCAGACACCAUCACCCCCGAGCAAGGAGAGCAGGCAGAGGUCAUGCAGCCUCAGGAACUGGAGGGUGAAGACCCUGCUGUGACAGAAGAUGAGCAAUCAACCUUGGGGCAAACCCAGGAGGUGUUAAAACCUCAGCUGGAGCUCCAAAAGGAAAUGGGUGUAGAGAAAAUGUAGGCUACAAAAAAACAACAUCCCCAGCUCUUUCCUUAGGCUACAUCUACAUUAAUCCAGAUGCGUUUGAAAAUGGCAUUUUCUCUGUUCACACUCCUGUUUUCAAGUGUUUUCCAAAAGUUUCUCAUGCACAGUGAACACAGCAAAAUCCCCAGAGUUAAACCAACUCUGCUUAGAGUA